AUGAGGCACUCCAUCCACGCACGUCCAAUUCUCAGGUUACUGCCAGGCAAUGGGAACACGGACAAUUUUGACGCCUUCGAUGGUGAGCUCCGGGAGGACAACAUUUUUGCGACGCCUACCGAUUUUAUGCGAGACGUGCUCAUCCACAUCGGAGCCAUCUAUCCAAGGUAG